UAAAAAAAGAUUAUUUAAAGAAGCUAUUGUCUCCUAUAUGUUCACACCGAGAAAGAAACCACAUCGAGAAACGAAACAUCAUCUGGUGAGAUUUGGAUUGCGUGUACCGGUGACUGAGCCCGGAUGCCUGGUCUGUUUGGGUGACUGUGACUGGAGGCCUGAGCCCUGUUUCAGCGUGUUGCGGGUACUGGACUGGAUGCCUGGACUCUCCUCAUGGAUAACCGGCCAGAACCCCAUCACUAUUUUAAUAUGAUGUGCAUGUAUUUACCUGUAUGUCAAUUGUGGCACCCAUUGCACUCCUGACCAUCCCUGGAAGAAGGGAUCCCCUACACUGCGUUUCUUCUCAAGAUUUCUUCCUUGCUGAUUCAAGGGAGUUUUUUCUUGCCCGUGUGGGGGCAUGGGUAAAGGGGGAUGUCACAAAUAUUUGGCCUGUUAAGCCCUUUGAGACUGUAAUGGUGAUUAAGGGCUAUACAAAUAAAAUUGAAUUGAAAUUGAAUCCAAAUUCCGCAAAAACAAAUGUUUCCCGUUUAUCAUCAACGUGUUUAACCUUCAAGGAUGAUGAGGUUAUUUUGUUGAAUCCUGGUUGCAUAAAGAAAUUCAUCUAUAUGAAACGAUAUGUAGUGUCAGUUCCCUUUAGAUAAUUACCCUUUUCUUACUUAAUUUGACUACACCCUUUUGCUUCCUCAUUUAUAGCCCAAUAUAUCACACAAAAAAAGCCAUUGCAAACCAGCUUUUGGCAAAAACACAUUAUGUGAGUUGCCAUACGCAUCAGGAAGGAGAAUACAUCGAGAAACAUUUGUUUUUGCGGAAUUUGGAUUGUUGGAUUUUUCGGAUCCCUCGGACUGAAAGAAAUUAACGAACAAAAUCAAAGAUCCACUUGGUAGGACUGGAGAUCCAUUGCCUUGGAAAUAACCAACAUUAAGAAAGUUCUUUGUGUGCUGGAAUGAAAACGGAAAUGGCGAUGCCAAUAAGGGGAAUUAGUUUGUGUUCAUUUGGAAUAUUAUGUUUCCUUUUGAAUCUGAACAGUUUUAUUUCUCCAGCUGCUGGUUACAUACUGAAGGAUUGCAGGGUCACAAGGACCACACAGGCCAUCUGUCAGAAGAAUAGUUUCAAUGCAUUUCCAAAUGACAUUCCACUAAUAGUCACAAGUAUAGACCUGUCUCAAAACAACAUUUCUAAACUAAAUAAUGCAGAUUUGAAAAAUUUACCAAAUCUGUUGCGCUUAAACCUGAAAUGCAACUCUAUCUCCAUAAUUGAAUCUGGCACUUUUGUUGUUCAAAUGUCUCUAGAGGUGUUGAAUUUAAACAGAAAUAGGCUUUGUAAGCUAGAGGAGGGUGUGUUUGAUGGCUUAGUCAAUCUCACAGAAUUGCGUCUGUCUUUCAAUAACAUCCAAACAUUAGCACCGGCCUCUUUCAAGUCUCUGAGCAAGCUUACAUUUUUGGACCUAGGCCAUAACAAACUGCGGAACUUAGCGAACAUCUUUAAUCAUACACCACAUUUACAAAUCCUGAACAUUCCAGCAAACAAAAUUUGCAAUUUUCAUUCAUGGGAGCUGUCAAAUACGUCUACAGAACUUAUUUCACUUGAUUUGUCUCAAAAUCAGCUUAUGGUCUUUAGCCUCACUGCACAUAUCUUUCCCAACCUCAAAUUAUUGAACCUUGAUGGUGGUAUGAAGAAUGGUAUCGUCUGGGAGGUGAACAACACAUCGUACCUUAGUGGCGUGUCCAAACUAGAUAUCAGUGGGGUUCACUCCUCCUUAGGAUUUCAGGAAGUUCUAGAGACAUUUAACUCCUCACUGAUGUAUCUGAAGUUAAACCAUAUGAAUAACAACCUGCGGGUUCUCAUCAAAAUUUCCUGCAAAAUCCCAUCGCUGACCUCUCUUGAAGUCCGAAAUAACAGCAUCAAAGUUAUUAGAUCAGACAUGCUGCACUUGUGUACUAAUCUUAACAUAUUGGACUUGGGGACGAAUGAGAUAACUGACAUCUCUGACAAUUCAUUUCAAUCUCUUAGGAAGCUUAACAUUUUAAUAUUGAAGUCUAACCGUCUAACAUCGGUCCCCUAUGCCAUAAGGAAAACUGAAAUCUCAAAACUGGAUCUCAGCUUCAAUAACAUCAAUGUUCUUGGCUGUUAUGAUUUGGCCAAUAUGACCUGUCUCAGAAUUCUUCAGCUAAAUAAUAAUCAUCUCUUGAAUCUAAAGGACUGUGUUUUAAAAGAUUUGGUCAAUUUAAAGCACUUAUGGUUGCAAAACAACAACAUUUAUCAAUUAAACGGUGCCUUCCAAAAAAACAUGCCAAAACUCCAAGUGCUUUACUUGUUUAACAAUCAACUCAUAGAUCUAGAUCAGGGAGAAUUUAAAGAUUUGAAUUCCCUCAAGAUGCUGUCAUUACAAGGAAAUAAAUUAAAAGAACUUAAAAAGGGGAAUUUUAAUGGAUUGUCCAAUCUUACAAAUCUUAAUCUUGAAUCAAAUGAAAUAAACGAAAUUCACAACGGUACUUUUAGUGACUUGAAAGCUUUGCAGAAAUUGAAUUUGAUGACCAAUCACCUUAAAUAUAUAUCGGAAGAGCCCAUUGAUUAUCCACCAUUUGCUGAGCUUUCACAACUGGAAUCAUUGCUUAUUUCAACUCAACGCAGGCGACUUAAGAGCGCCCUACCUCAAAACUUUCUCAAAGGCCUGACAAAUCUUUCGGUACUCAAUAUCAGAAGUAUGCAACUUACAUCCCUACACCCACUCACCUUCAACUAUACUCCUAAUUUGAAUAAGCUUUAUAUGAGCUCAAAUGAUUUCACAGACCUUCCAGACAAUUUAUUUUCCCCGAUUCAAAAACUUAAAAGUCUUUACAUUUCACGGUUAAACCUGAGGUCUCUCGACUUUCUGCUCCUUGCCCACCUCACAGAGCUGGAGUUCUUGCAGGUGAGGAAGAAUGCAUUUUCUGUGAUUAGAGAACCAGUGAUGCAGUCUCUGUCAACACUUGUAUACCUGGAUAUGCAGGGUAAUAGCUUCACCUGUAACUGUGACAACGCGUGGUUCCUCCAAUGGGUUAAAAACAACAAGCAAACACAAGUGUAUGAUGCAUACAACUUUGAAUGCAACUACCCUCCAAACCUUAAAGGAAGAAAAUUUUUGGAGAUUGACGUCCGUUCAUGUACAGUAGACAUGGAAUUUAUCUGUUAUAUUUCCACGGCAUGCGCGGUCAUCAUGACCAUAGCAGUCUCCUUCACCCGUCAUUUCCUGCAAUGGCAUCUGGUCUACGCGUACUACCUCAUGCUGGCAUUCCUCUACAACUCAAAGCACAAGGACAAGCGUGCUUAUCAAUACGACGCCUUCGUCUCCUACAACGCAAACGACGAGGGCUGGGUGCUGGGGGAGCUGCUGCCCAAGCUGGAGGACGAGCAGGGCUGGAGACUGUGUCUGCACCACCGAGACUUCCAGCCAGGUGAGGAGCCCUAUCCCGAACACCCUCUGCACCUCCAUUAGCAUACAUGCUAGCCUAC